CGCAGACGCCCACCUACCGCUGCCUCCACUCACUUUCUUUCACAGCUACUCAAGAUGGCGGCAGCUUCCUCCAUACAGCCGCCGAGCGUUCACUCUUUAAACCAGGAAAAUGCACCUUUCCUGGAUUCUGACAGCCCGGAGAUCCGGCAGGAUGAGGACGCAGCUUCCGAGGGGACCAGUCUCCGAGACUUACCCGAUUUGGAACCGGAGGAAAUUGAGAAGAGGCUGGAGAAAACUCGCCACGAGCUGAGCAACAGGAGGAAAAUCCUCAUUAAAAACCUGCCACAAGAUACAACCAACCAGGAGGUCCAUGAGAUUCUGAGAGAGUACGAGCUCAAGUACUGCUUUGUGGACCGCAACAAAGGGACAGCGUUUGUGACCCUGCUGAACGGUGACCAGGCUCAGGAUGCCAUCCACUCCCUCCACCAGAGCAACAUGCGUGGCCGGGACAUCACGGUGCAGCUCCAGCCCACAGACUCCUUGCUCUGCCUCACCAACCUGCCCCACACCUUCACCGCCCAGCAGCUGGAGGACCUGGUCCGCGCCUACGGAAACAUCGAGCGCUGCUUCCUGGUCUACAGCGAGCUCACCGGACACUCCAAGGGCUACGGCUUCGUGGAGUACAUGAAGAAGGACUCAGCGUCGCGGGCGCGGUCGGAGCUGCUGGGGCGACCUCAGGGGGACCGUGCGGUCAUGGUCCAGUGGACAGACGUGAACCAGCUGACUGACGGUCACCACCUCCACUCUAAGUGCCUCUGUGUGGACCGGCUGCCCCAGGAGUAUGAGACGGAGGAGCUGACCCUGCUGUUCUCAGACCGCUACAAGCCUGUCUUCUGCCAGCUGGCCCAGGAUGAGGGCAGCCCGCUGCGUGGCUUCGGGGUGGUGGAGUAUGAGAGUGCAGAGCAGGCGGAGGCCAUACUGAUAGAGAUGGACAGAACACUGGUGGGAGGACAAGAGAUCCGUCUCUCGCUCUGCACACCCGGAACCUCAGGCAGGAGCACAUUGGCCGCUCUCAUAGCUGCUCAGGGCGUGAUGUUGAGUAAUAAGAAGGGGUUACUGCCGGAGCCCAACCUGGCCCAGUUACUGAACAGCAUGACCAACCCAGCAGCCCUACAGGUCUUCAUGAGGCCCUACCACACUGGGAAACGAGGAGGGAAGUUUGGGCGGCCCCCCAGCCUUUCUCCAUUCCUCAGACCCCCCCUCACAGCAGCCCUGCUACAACUGGGGAAGGUACAGCAGUUUCUCUCCCAGAGUGCCAUGUUGGGGAACGGGCUGGUGCUGCAGAACCUCCUCCACAUGCAGCUGGCCCAGCAGCAGCUCCUGCACAUCAAAGACAAGCACAUCAGCAAUGUAUCCAGUCUGUUGGGUGACCCUUCUCGUCUACUCCUACAGAAAGCCCUGGGUCUCAGACCUCCAGCCCAUAUGGCCCUGGGCAAAGGUCUGCUGGGUGACUCCCCCACCGGUGAGUGGCCUGGGCUGGAGUUGGGUCAGGAGUGCCUGCCAGCGUCCAGUCAGGCCUCAGUGUCGGCAGCGGGCAUGAUGCCCUACCUGCAGGCACGGGCACACCUGGGCAUAGCCGGGGGAGGGGAGCUGAACGGGGCCUGCGUCUCCACCACAGCCUCUGAUAGGCAGCCAGCGCCUCCUGGGACCACGAUGCACGCUCAGCCCCAGGGACAGAGCUACUCGCUGGGAAUGAGCAGCCCGGGGCUGGGCCCCCCACCACCCAAAGCCUCAGGGGGCCACCAGCUCGGCCUACACAGCUACAGUAGCACUGACAGCAGCCCAGCUAGUGGAGCUCCCAGCAGUCAUAUCUCUCUUCUGGGUGAACCCCCUAAAGAGAUGAAGCUACCCUCCAACCCCUACCUGAAUCUAGCUAGUGUGUUACCUGGCAUGGUGCUGCAAGCCCCGGCGGCCAGUAAAGUGCAGUCAGGACAGCCUCUGGCUGGGAUGUACAGCAGUGCUAUGCCCCCUGUCUCCCAACCCUCCACCUCCCACACCCCAGCACCCUACAGCACAGAGACCUCUGCAGACUACAGCCACUACAGCCAGGCAUACUCACAGGAGGCCAUGCAGCAGUGGUACCAGCACUACCAAGCACAAGCCCAGAGCUACAGCACCGCCCCCCAGGAGAGCCAAGCUGUGGACUACGCCAAGGAGCACACACAGCAGGCGGCGGUGGCAGUGCCGUCCUAUGGGGAUUACAGCUCCUACAUGCAGGCUGUCGGUCAGUACUAUUCUCAGCCUCCCAUGACCCAGCCACCUCCCCAGGCUUACCAGAACAGAGACCCUACCAAGGAGGCUGACAUGUGUAAGCCGCUGGGUGUGUCUCUCCAUGCGGUCAGUAACAGUGGUGCCCAGUCGGUGCUGCCCGCCGCGGUCCUGCCAGCCUACAGCGCCGUCCCAAUGAUGCCAGGCUUCAUGGCCGCACCACCUCACGCCACACACACACACCCACCCAGCCCUGUCACACACACUCAGAAUGUCCACGCCCAAGCGGCCAGCGAAUGGAACCAGUAUUACUACAAUCAGGCUCGGGGGCAGAAGCGGGAGUACCCUCACUUGGCGGUGCAGAAUUUGACAUCAGAGGGCGUGUACGUGGGGCAGCACUCCCAGGGGCUGGGGGGGCAGUACGCUGACUACUUCAAGAAGAAGAGGAUCUAGAGAUGACCUAUGACCCAUUACAUUACAUUACAUAUUUACAUUUUAGUCAUUUAGCAGACGCUCUUAUCCAGGGCGACUUACAGUUAGUGA